UAUGGCUGUCGGAGAACUGGAUGUCCAGGAAGUUGUAGCCCUGUCAAGGAUGGUCUACACCCAGCCAAAGGUGCUAACACCCAGUAGGAAAGAUGUCCUUGUCUUGACUCCGUGGCUGGCUCCCAUCAUCUGGGAAGGGACCUUCAACAUCGACAUCCUGAAUGAGCAGUUCAGGCUUCAGAACACCACCAUUGGACUGACCGUGUUUGCAAUCAAAAAGUAUGUGGUGUUCCUGAAACUGUUCCUGGAGACAGCAGAGAGGCACUUCAUGGUGGGACACAAGGUCAUCUACUAUGUCUUCACUGACCAUCCUGCCGAGGUGCCGCAGGUGCCCCUGGGGGCAGGACGGAAGCUGGUGGUGCUGACCGUGCGCAACUACUCCCGCUGGCAGGAUGUGUCCAUGCACAGGAUGGAGAUGAUCAGCGACUUCUCUGAGCGGCGCUUUCUGCAGGAGGUGGACUACCUGGUGUGUGCAGAUGUGGACAUGAAGUUCCAAGACCACGUGGGUGUGGAGAUUCUCUCAGCACUCUUUGGUACCCUGCAUCCCGGCUUCUAUGGUAGUAGCCGAGAGGCCUUUACCUACGAGCGCCGGCCAAAGUCCCGGGCCUACAUUCCCCGGGACGAGGGUGACUUUUAUUACAUGGGAGCCUUCUUUGGGGGAUCAGUGGUGGAGGUGCACCGUCUCACCAAGGCCUGCCAUCAGGCUAUGGUGGAGGACAAGGCCAAUGGCAUUGAGGCCGUGUGGCAUGAUGAGAGUCAUCUGAACAAGUACCUGCUGUACCACAAGCCGACAAAGGUGCUGUCCCCAGAGUACAUGUGGGACCAGCAACUGCUGGGCUGGCCCUCUGUCAUGAAGAAGCUGAGAUAUGUGGCUGUGCCCAAGAACCAUCAGGCAAUCAGGAACAGAUAG